GAGCUUGUGGUUCAGGAGCUCUCAGGGGCUGCUGCGCGCGCUGACAACGGGCGGCGGGAGCGGGGAUGGGAGAAGGAGCGGCCGGGCAAGCGAGGAAGCGAGGAAAGCGGCAGCCCGGACCCACCUCACCACCAGCAGCAGCAGCAGCAGCGACCCUCAGCCGCAGGCGCCAGCGCCCGUCGAGUCCUCGGCGCCCCUGAAGCGCAAGAGCGCGCGCCUCCUUCGCCCCGGCUGACCAGUCUCUCCUCAGCCCCGGCCGCCGGGCUGCCCGCGCGCCCUCCCCGCCACCAUGAACACGAUCGUCUUCAAUAAGCUCAGCAGCCAAGUGCUCUUCGAAGACGCCGCCAAGGAAAGGGAGAGGAGCAGCAGCCGGCCUUACGCCGGGGUCUUGGACGUGUCCGCCCACCCGGAGGUCCUCAUGCCUGACAGCCCGUCCAUGAAAGACAACCUCAGCCUUCGCCAUAGGAGAACAGGUACCCGACAGAACAGUGGGAAAGUGAGGCACAAGCGCCAGGCAUUGCAGGACAUGGCGCGGCCGCUAAAGCAGUGGUUGUACAAGCACCGAGACAACCCAUACCCCACUAAGACCGAGAAGAUCUUGCUGGCUCUUGGCUCCCAGAUGACUUUGGUGCAGGUGUCAAACUGGUUUGCCAAUGCAAGACGUCGCCUUAAAAAUACUGUCCGGCAACCAGACCUCAGCUGGGCUUUGCGAAUCAAGCUGUACAACAAGUAUGUUCAAGGAAAUGCUGAAAGACUUAGUGUAAGCAGCGAUGAUUCAUGUUCAGAAGAUGGCGAAAACCCUCCCAGAAGCCAUAUGAAUGAAGGGGGAUACAACACGCCCGUUCAUCACACCGUGAUUAAGACUGAAAGCUCAGUAAUUAAAUCUGGAGUUAGACCAGAAGGAAGUGCCAAUGAGGAUUAUGUAUCGCCCCCCAAAUACAAAAACAGCUUGUUGAACCGCUACCUGAAUGACUCGUUGAGGCACGUCAUGGCCACAAAUGCAGCCAUGAUGGAAAAAACAAGGCAAAGGAAUCAUUCGGGUUCAUUUAGCUCCAACGAAUUUGAAGAGGAACUGGUGUCUCCGUCAUCCUCCGAGACUGAAGGCAACUUUGUCUAUCGGACAGAAACUCUGGAAAAUGGACCUAGCAAGUGUGAAAGUGCAGCUAACAGAAAGAGAUCAAACAAAGAUGAGACCUAUUGGAAGGAGAUCAACGCAGCGAUGGCCUUAACAAACCUUGCACAAGGAAAGGACAAACUCCAGGGGACAACCAGCUGCAUCAUUCAGAAAUCGUCACACAUAUCAGAAGUAAAGACUGUCAAAGUGCCACUAGUUCCACCGUUUUAAAGAGAGUUGUUGCUUUUCUUUCCAACACAUGUGGACAUGUAUUUUUCAUGCCAUUGGUUUCCCCCCCGUAAGAUCAGAAUGAGAGGUCUGAAGCAAGAAUUGAGAACCAGGUUCCUUUUGUAGCACGGUCAGUAAAAAUAAGAAUGGGAAGUUCUCGCCAUGCAGGCAUGCUUGAAAUCAAUGGCAAUCUCUCAAGAGCCUGAGCGUGUUCUCGUACGAUUCCCAUUCGUUUCAGUGUUGCUUGUGCAAGAGACAUUCCCAAUGAAUUAUGCACAAAGAUGGCAAUAAACAAGUGCUCCCUCAGGCUAAAAUAUUUUGAUUUCUGGAAUAAAAUAUAAAAGCAGUUCUAUAAAGGGCAUGUAAAUUAUGGGUGGCGAAGCCUCCCAAGUUUGUUUGUUUUUUUAAGUCAAAACUAUUAACUUAUUUUAUUGUAUUAAUCAAACUGCACAUUAAGCGCUGCAUUGCUAUAACAAUAAGUGCCUUGCUUUCGUACAAUAAGCUAGAACGUGGGCAUAGCUCAAUACAACUGUGCCUCAAAAGUGUGCCAACGCCACAACGCUUAACCUUUGCAUGUAAUUUCUAAAUGCAUCCUGACCAGUUUAAAGCUGACCUCAGAAAGGGUAGACAUUUCUCAAAAGCCCUGGAGCAUUUGCCUUGUAUGGAUUAAAUAAAUCUCUUCGGUGAAAUUGCUACAUUUUACAACGGAAAAGUCCACUAUGUUAACAAGUUAUGUGGGGUUUUUCUUAUUCAAAUGGGGGAAACGUUGCUAUGCCUCUAUGGGCCCCCCCCCUCCUGACUGCAUUUGCCAUAUGUUAAAAAAUACAAAGAAUAAUUCCUUUCAUAAGUGCAAUACUGUAUGUGGGGGAAGAGUCUCAUCUUUUUUCAAGGAGAAUCCUGAUUACGUACAUUAAAGCCGUUGCUUCAGUUACUUUGCAACGUGAAUGUAAAAAGGAAAAAAACCUCCAAUAGCCACAGGUGGACAAAACCAUUAUAAUGGAAUUGCCCAGUCCUAGAGCUUUUUCUUUCAUAUGGACUAAAAGGGCUGCCUUUGAGUGUGUGUUUUAUGUGAAGAAAAAUGUACGUUGACCAGAAUGGUCAUUCACAUUACUUAUAAUGCCUCUUCUCAGAUUGCCUAGUCAGUACAUUGACAGAGAUUGGAGGUUAACAAUAAUAGAGAGUUCAAAGGGGAUUUAAGCCUUACAUAAGAACAAGCUCUGAUUCUUUUAUGUAGUUCAAAUGUUUAACUAUAAAAAGACUCAUUGUGAUAGUUUAAGUCGUUGUCCCAAUGAUGAAACCAUCAGUAAAUCCAGUUGGGAUUCCUUCCUUUUAAGCUCUCCUUCUGACUUAUUGAAACUGUUAUGUAAGUAAACAAAGCAGAUCACUUUUCUGGUACCAAAUCAACCUAUGCUUCAGUUUGUUAUUUAUACUGGAGCUCAAUAACUUUCCACGACGGAAACUGUUAUUGCCUUAAUGCGUCCAAAAUGUUUUUAUUUUGGUACGGAAUGUAUCAAAUGAAGAAAAUCCCCAUUUCAAUGAAGGGGGGAAAGAAGGCAUAAUGAAAUCUAUAUAUUAUAUAAAGCAAAUCAUUGGAAUUAAAAACACAUGGGGCACACACAACACACCAAACAAUUGUGGCACUGAAGCAAUUUAAAGUCAAAGUAGAUGCUAAAUUGGGCAUUAGAAACACCAUUUUAAACUCCUAAAUUUGACUAAAGCAAGUAUACUUUGCUCCAACCAUACGAAAAUAUUCUAAUCAGGUUUACCCUCUUGAAUAAGCAACAGUAAAGCCAAAUAUAGCUUAUACUCGGGUCAGUAAAAUAAAACUGGGAAAAGAGCUGAUUAUCCAGAGUCCAGUUCAGGGGAAAUGGAAACCUAGCUUAUUUUCCUUAAACCAGUUUUAAUGUAACAUCUGAAUAACAGUAUAUUUGUAAAUCUAGUUAGAGAUCCUAGUUUGGAAAUGAGUUCUCAGUCCAGGAAAGCUGCUAAUCCUGUUUUUAUACUCACCCCAGUUUGGUACAUAAAAAGAAAUUGACCAAACCCUGUCUGAGGUGGGCAGAGUCACAGCAAAGAUCAUUAAGCAAAAUGCCUAGAACCUGAUCCACUUCAUCUUCUAUGCAGGUACAGUGGUGCCCCGCAAGACGAAUGCCUCGCAAGACGAAAAACUCGGUAGACGAAAAGGUUUUCCG